UUGCCUGCUACCCUGGCACCUGGUCCUGUGCUGUUCUCCAGCAUGGUGUGUGUCAGGCCCCCUGGAGGCUCCUGCAUGGCAGCGCUGACAGUGACACUGAUGGUGCUGAGCUCCCCACUGGCUUUGGCUGGGGACACCCAAUUCCAACCUAAGGGGACUAUGUAUCCUGCAAAAACCCAGCCCCUGCCUCACAGCAACCUCCUGGUCUGCUGUGUGAGUGGUUUCUAUCCAGGCAGCAUUGAAGUCAGGUGGUUCUGGAAUAGUCAGGAAGAGAAGGCUGCGGUGGUCUCCAUAGGCCUGAUCCAGAAUGGAGACUGGACCUUCCAGACCCUGGUGAUGCUGGAAACAGUUCCUCGGAGUAGAGAGGUUUAUACCUGCCAAAUGGAGCAUCCAAGUGUGACGAGCCCUCUCACAGUGCAAUGGACAGAAUACACAUUUUUAACUGUCCAUGGAAUAUUUACCAACAUCGCUCAUACUCUGGACCAUAAAAGGAACCUCAACAAAUGUGAAGAAUUGAAAUCAUACAGACUGUGCUCCCUGGAAGCAACGGAGCUGAACCAGAAAUCAGUAACAUGA